AAGAGUGUCUGCUUUAAACUUUGGCAUAAACAUAAUUUCAUAAACACAGCAACACAGAUGAGAUGCUUUUUAGGCAGAAAAUGAAAUGAAAAUUAGCCUAUGACACAUUUAGAAGAAGGGGAGUGUGUGUGUGUGUGUGUCCUCAUUAUUGAGUGAAGUUCCUGUUUUGUGAGUUAAGAAGGAAGAGAAACAGCAUUAAACCAUCAGAGCCUCAAGAUGAAAGUCUGUCACACUCUGGCCUGCUUCAUCAUCCUUACAGCACAGCAGGAUGGUCUUGUCAAUGCAGAAACACCCAGACACAGAAAAAUGGAAGGAGAAGACGUCACACUUGAAUGCAGGUUCCUCAUCAGUGGAAGCAGGAGGCUCUUCUGUAAGGAAGAAUGUGAAAAGGGAAACAUUCUGAUUAAUACAACUGCUGACACAUUUCAGAGCGACAGAUACAGCAUUCAAUAUUUCAAAAAUUUUUUGAGUUAUGAUAUUAUGUAUGUGAGCAUCACACAGCUGAAACAGUCUGACUCAGGACAGUACAAGUGUACUUUGGACAGCACUUUGAACCCAGAUUAUUUUGAGAUAAUUGUCACUGAAGCUGUAAAAACUUCAACACCAGGCUCUACUCCAAAAGCUUUUUCAUCAUCAACCUUUCUCCUAUCAACCUCAACAACAGCAACAACAGCAGCAACAACAACACAAAGUUUUAACUUCAGUUUAGAAAGCGCUACAUCUACAUCCUCCUCCACUGAAAUGCUGAACCCUUCUGAGACACCUGCAGGUCCAGAUAAGCCGCUUUAUGUGAUUCUGAUUCUGGUCAUUAUGAUCACACUCUUAUCAGCCGCUUUGCUGAUUUUCUACAAGAAGAUGAAGGCCAUUAAACCUAAAGGACCUCCUGUAGAAACAGAAUACGCCAAUAUCACACAGAAUAACCGAUUGUGUGAAGAGAUAAGAGACGGCGGUUCACCUCCUGUGGAAGUGUCUUCAGCUGAUGCCUUUCCCAAAACCUGCCAGCGAGCUGGAGUUGAAAACCUCGAACUUUACAGCCUCAUCACCUAUUCUCAAAGUAAAGCUGAAAAUGACACAGAUGAAGUUGAUUACACUGAAGUGGAUUUUUCCCACAUUUCUGUAACUAACAGCGCCCUCUGUGGUAAAUCAGGUGAUGUUGUCUACUCCACACCUCAGAGACAUGCUAGACCCAGGAACCAUGUUAAAGAUGCUUCACCUCCUCUGUACUCUAUAAAACGAAAAAUUGAAAUAAAAUAAAAACUGAAAAAAGCGCAACACCUGAAGAGUCUUGCACUGUCACUGCAAAGAGAAUAGAGGUUGCAGAGGGGCGUAACAAAGUGUUUGAGAAAUGUUUUUUCACAAAUGAUUCAAAGUUUAACUUGGAAGCCACGGUGUGAAACAAAAGAGUUCACAUGAUGUGAUGAUGGAACAGAAUAUUUAUGUUUUAUUUACACUUUGUAUGCAGUAAAUUUUAUCCGACUGGAUGUUUAGUUUUUUGGAACGAAGCUUGUUCACUGUAAAAGCUGGUUGUUUAUGUUGUUUUGUACUGAGAGUAGCUGAAAGCACUUUAUGAAUAGUUAUAAUAGAGUAAACAAGGAUACAUUUCUCUUAGCUACUGCAUUUGAAAAACGACCUAUACUGUCUUCUUUCAGUUUGGUUCUGUAUUCUUAUUUCACUGUUCUUAUUUCAUAGGAAACAAAUUGCACAGUGGGCUGAAUUCAAAAGCCAGUUUAUCUGAUUGAUUAUGUUCACUAUGUAAAAGAUUAUCUAAAUCUAAAAUAUGCACUCAUUGUCAUCAAAAUAUUUUUGUUAUAUACCUGCGGUGAGUUAUAAAUAUUUUUAAUAACAGAGUAUUGAUGUUGACCUUUGUUUCCCUCUGGUGGCUACUUCUUUUAACCUUGCACAGUACACAGUACUUUAAUGAAUGUUACACUAUGUUCCUGAACUUUUGUCUCCUACUAAAGGCCUCAAGUGCAAAAGAGGAUUUCCUGUACUACAAAGUUUCACUUCUUAAAGUUUACCAGGGUAUAUCACCAUUAAACCUAACCUGCCCUGGAGCAGGUAUUCUUCUAGAACUGAUCAGAUAUGAAAUAAUUCCCUAACGACCAGUCAGCUCAACAGAUGUUGGUUUCACCGUUGCUGAAAGAUCCCUCAGACCUCUGUGUGUGGAUAUUAAUGAGUGUAAAGUUUACCAGUACACAUUUUAAAAUAUCCUCUUUCCCUAAUGACUAUGCUUAUUUUAAUCCCCCCACUGGUUACAAACAAUUUUAUGUAUUUAUUUACUUUUUGUUUUUGUGAACUUCUGGAAUGUAUUGAGAGGUGUCCUUCUUUAAAACAGGAAGCUGAUGACUCAGCUAAAGGUUGAGCCAUCUGUCAUCUCAUGUUCUUCUGCAUUUCAUUUUGAAUUCUGUUUUAUUUUACUCCUUGCUCUCAGACAGUUGAAGACCACCGACACCGCAACUGAAAAAAAUAAAACUAUUUUAAAUAUGAAUAUAUCUAAAUACUCAAUUGUAUUCCAAUUUUCUAGUCUUUACUUAAUCUUUAUUUUUGCUGGCUUUCUUUCUAUUUCAAUUC